AUGGAUUUCCAGACCUUCGUGCGCUCGCUCGCGCAGGAACCGAAACCCGCGCAUUCAUUCAAGCCGUCCGGCGGUGGGGAAGGCGGAGAGGCGCGCGGAGGGGCACAGCAGGUGCGCGGCGGAGAGGCUGGCGGCGCAGCAGCACAGGCGCGCGGAGCAGCGCAGACGGCAGAAGAUUCGUUCUUUACCAGGCUGGAAGUCCCCGCGGAUAGAGAUUUCUCCGUCGCGGCCAGCCCCGCAGCUCCCGCCGAUGCUUCCCACGCGGGGCUCGCGCGCGGGAGCGCAGGUAGCCGUUCCGCCGGCGUUGGAUCGCACUGGGGCCUGGCGCGGUCCGCGUCAGACGCGCUGCAUCAGAUGUUCGGGGGCUCCGCGGGUGGCGGCGGGGGAAGCGGUGCGGGUGGCGCGGGGGGAAGCCCCGCGGACGACGGGAGGGAACCGGGGGAAGCCAGUGGCGGAAACCAGCGGGGAGCCGCGGGGAGGAACCACGGGGCUAGCGGAAGGGGAAGCGGCGGUUCUGCUGGAAGAAGCGCAAGUUCUGGGGGGAGUGUCUUUCUACCGUUGAACCAGACCCCGAACCAGACUCCGAACCAAACUCCCCAGGGACCGUCAUAUUCGCGCCAGCGGAGCUUCUCCGCCAGUGGCGCAAGCUUUUCCGCCAUCCCUUCCGCCAGCCCUUCCGCCAGCCCGUACGCUAGCCCUUACGCUGGUCCUGCUGCUGCCGCGGCCGCGGCCGCCCCUUCCUCCUCCCCCUCCCCCUACGGCGGAGGGCUGUGGACCUCAGGCGGAAAGGGCGCAAGUUCCGCGGGGCCGAAGGCAGGGCCUCCGUUGCCUUUAUCGAGGUCCGCUAUAGCGAGGUUUAGGCUUCCGCGCAUGGCGUCAGAGAGCGGGCGGAGGCACAGGGCGUGGCAGGCGGACCUGGAGGAGGACGAUGGGGAGCCGCUUGAGGGGGAGGUGGUAUCUGAUCCGGUGGGAUCUGAUCCAGUGGGGUCUGGGGCAGGUGUACCCAGGACUGAUGGGGUGAAUUACGGUGGGGGAAAUUCUGGUGGAGGGAAUCUCGGUGGGGGGAGCUUCGAUGGGGGGAGCUAUGGUGCAGGGGCUAGUUACGGUGCGGGGCAGAGGAGUGGGGGAGGGAGGUCAGGGUCGGAAGGAGGCGCAGAUGGUUUCAAGAGUCAGUCAACGCGGUCAAUGCAGUCAAUGCGGCCUGGGUCCUGGUCAGAGAGGCCUAGGGCGACUUUUGAGGCGCCUCAGGGGUCAGAAGGAGGAGCGGAUGGGUUCAAGAGUCAGUCAAACCGGUCAAUGCAGUCAAUACGGUUCGGGUCCGGUACAGAGAGGCCUAGGGCGUAUUCACUGAGCCAGACCAGCAUGGAUGGAUACCUAAGGGUAACUGGCACCAAUAGCCCUGCUCUUUCCGCUGCCACUGCUGCUGCUGCUGCCGAUACUGCUGGCACGUCUUUAGGGGGUGGUGCUGCUUCUUCUGCUGCUGCUGCUGCUGCUGCUGCUGGCGGCUUUCAGGAGUUCGCCAAUGGAGCCCUUCACGCGUCCGGGGUUGAUCAGUUGGGGACAGGAGACAGUGAGGGCGCAGCGGGAACUCAGCAGCAGCAGCCGACGCAGCAAUAUGCACAGGCACAGGCCCUCGGCAAUGGAACAAGCCCUGAUGCUCAGAUUCUCGUGGUCGACCCGGGGAAGGAGUGGCAGCAGCAGCAGCAGCAGCACGGUACGACACUUCAAAGCACGAGCGCACAGCAAAGCACAGGCGCUCAGCAGCAGGCGGUGGCAGGCGGAUCUCAGCCGUCCAUGCAGCAGGCACCGGGCGGAUCUCGGCCGUCCACGGGCACAGGCUCGCGGGCGUCUGCCGUGGCGUAUGUGAGCAAGUUUGAGGAGUACAGGCGACGACUGGCGGAGCAGCAGCAGCAGCUACAGCAGCAACAUGGGGUAGUAGGCGUGGGGCCAGGGCAGGGGGGAAGGAACCGAGGUGGUGGUGGUGGUGGUAGGGGCGUUCCUAGAAGUGCUUCUCAUGAGCCUUUCUCUGAUAGGUCGUGGCAGGGGCGAGAAGAGGAGAGCUCGGAAGCACUUCUGAGCUCAGAAGCUAACGCUGGUACGGGUCUUGCUGGCGUUAGCUCUGCUGGUGAUGGCUUUGCUGGUGGUGGGCUCAAUGACGCUCUUGCUGGGACUGCUUUUGAGUCGACUCAAAAGCGUGCUGGCUUCGCUGGUGAUGGGUUUGAUGGUGCUCUUGGUAAGGGCAGCGCCGCUGGUGGUUCUGGUGUGCCAGGUGCGGCUGUUGAGGGUGGUGAGGGUGGUGGGAGCGGCGGGUUUGCUGGGGUUGGAGAAGCGAAUAGGGGGAUGAGGCAGGGAUAUGGCACGUACAGGGGUUCGCCAGCCGCAGCAAGGGGAGGAGCAGCAGCAGGAGGGGCACGAGCAGGCGGCAGGGCGGGCGGCAGAGCGGGCCGCAGGGUGGGCGGCAGGGCCGGUGGGGCGUUUAUGAUACAGUCGGCAUCGCUUGGCAACGCUGGGGCUUUCAUGGGGCAGCUGGAGGGGGAUGACGUGGGCGCUGACGUGGAUGGAGGUGUAGCUGACUCAGAUGGGGGCUUAGCUGGGGGUGUGGAGGCUGGGCUAGGUAACCGCCGACUGCUGCGGCGGCACACCGACGAUCCAACGCAGCUGAAUCGCGUCCAGACGCCCGACGCUCUCUCGUCCUUUCCUGCCGUGCCCUCCCGCCUUGGUCCCGGAAAUCUCCAGCGUACCUCGUCCUCUGCCGCCCACCGGCCUUCCUCUGCCGCCCAGCGGUCUUCUGCUGCCGGCCAGCGACCCUCCUCUGCCGCCCAGCGGCCCUCCUCUGCCGCCCAGCGGCCCUCCUCUGCCGCCCAGCGGCCCUCUCUGCCAAGCCUUUCCGCCGGGUCCGAAAGUCUUGAUACGAGGCAAGGAGAGCAGAUUCUCCUCCGCCCCUCCACCUCCUCCUCCUCCUCUUCCUCCCCGGUUCGGCCGGGGCUGGAUGCGCCUCCGAAGCGCCGGGCCUUGUCAGGCCCUCUGCAGGCCCGUACUGGCCGCCGCGCUGCUUCUACCGCUCGUGCUAUCCUCCCUGCGGAUCCGACGCAAGAAGAGCCCAUUCCGCUGCCCUCCUCUUCCUCCCCUUCCUCCUCUCCCUCCUCUCCGUCCUCGUCCUCUUCCCCACUUCAGCCGGGGCUGGGUGCGCCUCCUUCCCGCCGGGCCUUGUCAGGCCCUCUGCAAGCUCCUCGUGCCCGCCGCCGCUCUGCUGCUGCCCUCCCGUCUCACACGAUACUCAUCCACUCCCCUCAUUCGCCCCUUCAUUCUCCCCGUGCUCCCGUGCACUCCCCCCACGCGCCCAUGCAUCCUCCCCAUUCGCCCAUGCAAUCCCCACGUGCUGCCUCCCUCUCCCCUCAUGCGCCCAUGCACUCCCCUCAUGCACCCAUGCACUCCCCCCAUGCACACAUGCACUCCCCUCAUGCGCCCAUGCACUCCCCUCUUUCGCCCAUGCACUCCCCACGUGCUGCCCCACACUCUCCCCAUGCGCCCAUGCACUCCCCUCAUGCGCACAUGCACUCUCCCCAGGCUGCCCCUCUCUCCCCCCACCCUCCUAUGCACUCCCCCCAUGGUCUCACACACGCUCCCCAUUCCCCCAUGCGGUCCCCCACGCAAGCACUGCGCUCCCCCCAUUCCCCGCUUCACUCCCCCCAUGCGCACUCCCCAUCCCUUCACACAGUCCCCCCCCACUCCCCCAUGCGUUCUCCCCACACAGCCCCUCCAUAUAACCAGCAACCGCCUCUCUCCCCCACAUUCUUUUCCCCCAAUUCCUAUCCCCCCAACUCCUUGAAUCCGGAGGCUCGGAAACUUCCCGAGGCUGGCCAACCGGUUUGGAAGCUUGGUACGGCAGAGGAAAGCACACCCACACCUGCAUUGGGCGGUGGAAGCGAGAGUGUUGUGACUGUAUUGGACUGUGACAGUGGCGACAUGUUUUCGUUUGAGCAGGAGAGGCAGGAGGUGCCUGGUGGGGGGGUGAGUGUGCGUGCACGGGAGGUGAUGCGUGUGCAUGCUGAGCAAGAGGAGAGUGAUGGGGAUCAACAGUGGCAGCAGCAGCAGCAGCAGCAGCAGCAACUUCAACUGCAAGUGCAACAGCAACAACAGUUGCAACAACAGCAACAGAAACAGCAACUGCAGUGGAACCAGCAACUGCAACAGCAACAGCAGCAGCAGCAGCAGCAGCAGCAACUUCAACACCAACAGCAGCUACAGCAACAGCAGAAACAUCAACAGCAGCUGCAGCAGUUUUCCCUCCUAACCUCCUCCACUGAGCCAUUCCUUCCCACCUCAAAUGCAUUGUUCUAUCCACCUUCCAACCAAACCCCCCAAGCCCUCCAAACCUCCCAAAGCCACACGCAGCAGCAGCAUCCAGGAACCAUCCCGCACCUCUCCCCUCCUCCCUCUCACACACCCUCCGCUCCCUCCGACUCUCCUUCCUUCUCUCACGUCUCCCCUCCUCCCUCCUACUACGAUCCUGCAAACCCCUCCCUUCCCUCCCAUACCCCACACAACCGCUUUGCAAACCCACAUAGUGGCGCGUACACCUCUGAUCCUACCACCUCCCCUCAGGACUCCUUGCCUCGCAUGCACACCAACCCUCUGCACUACAGACGGCCUUAUAACACCCACCUGCCCCGCCGCCCCCCUCGCCCCGUCCCGCCUCAGUCUAGAAACGCCCUGGCCGGUGGUGGAGGGGGGUUUGCCUCGGCCAGACUUGGGAGUGGAAGUGCCCAGGCGGCGGGUGCUGUGACUGGUCGUAGCAGUUUCACUGUUGACUUCUGA